UUUCUUUUAGCUGUAUAGAGGCUUUCAUGAGGGGAAAAAACCCUGCUUUGAUAAUCUUUUGGAUGGUAUUAAAGAUGAUAUUAACUGCCCUUUGGGGAUUAAAAUAGAAGGUUUUGAGAUAUUUUAAUCUGAUUCUUUAGGACAAACACUCAAAAGGGGGAGAAGAAUUACAAAAAUAGAAAAUGCAGUUUCUGUCUCUGGUGCUGACUUUCACUUGCAGCCUCAUUGCUAGAGAAACAUAGGCACAGUACAUGAUUAUAUCAGCUACUACAAGAUCUGGCACAUUCAACACUGGCAAAGUUUAAGUCAUUGCGUUUAAGGCAUUGUUUUAGCGUGCCCCUCUUGUCACAGAGUCACAACAGCAUUGUGAAUGGUAUCUUAGCAAGCUUAGAAAACGGAAGAAAUAAAGUGGGGAAGGAAAACAACAUGAGGGAGGAAUCUAAGGUUCAUGUUCCAUGUUACGUUUACGAUUUAGCUGAAGCUGAUGGAGGUGGUGGUGUCAUCUGGUUCCCUUUCUUUGAUCUUGUCUGGUCAGGAUGUCUUUCAGGAUCAGGACAGCAAAGGCCCAAUGGUCUCAUGGUUGGUCCCUGGAGACACUGGAGGUGGUAGCCAUGUGGGUAAAGCUUGCUUCUUCCAUUCCAUACACCCUAUGGCCCCUCUUUAAUGACUCCUCCAAGAAGGGGUAGCAUCCUCAUUCUAUUAAAAUUAACCAAUCAUAAUACAUUGCGGUUAUUUCUACUACAAACAUUUCCCGUCACUUGUAGAAUCUUUCAGUUCGUUAUCAUGCCAACCAUUGACUUUAGCAGGAGCCUUGAGCCCUUAUCACAGUUCUUUUUAAUGUAAACAGUCCAGUUUGUACCAUAGUUUGCUUCUGAAAGUAAGCAAAUUUUAAAGGCAAUUUUAUGUAACAGGCUGAUUCGGACUUUUGAUCUCUUGGACAAUUUAGCAUGUAGUGUUGUGCAAAGGCCACCACUCUAUGUAAAAAGAAGUAUUAUUACCUUUUAUUUGUUUUAACUGCACCUUUUAAUUUCUUCAGUGUGUCUUGUAUUAUAGGAAAGAGCAAAAGGGAAGAUCUGAUCAGUUUUUACUCUCCUUCAAAAUUUUCAGUUACUACUGUGACGAAGUGGGAAUGUUCUUAAUGUUUUCUCUGAAUACUGUGUGGGUGCCUCAGUUGGCCCUAUGCAUUUCUCAAGUGUCUAGGGGUGUGUGAUUGUUGCAGAGCCCUAGGAGGCCAGUGUGAUCCUGUCUGCACAGAGAAUGGCUGAUACCCUGUCUUCUGGCAACUAAUGGCCUGAGCCCCUCCCCUGCAAAGUUGCCAACUAAAGGUGUUGAAGAACAAAGAGAUCAGUAUGUCAUUAAAAAGCUAAACCUUAAACAUGCAUCCAGCCGAGAGAGAAAAGCAGCAGAACAAGAAGCCCAGUUGUUGUCUCAGCUGAAACACCCCAACAUAGUCACAUAUAGGGAGUCUUGGGAGGGGGAAGAUGGCCUGUUAUAUAUUGUCAUGGGCUUCUGUGAAGGAGGGGACCUGUAUCAUAAACUUAAAGAGCAGAAAGGCAAACCUUUGCCGGAGAAUCAGGUGGUGGAAUGGUUUGUCCAGAUUGCCAUGGCAUUGCAGUAUUUACAUGAAAAACACAUUCUACACAGAGAUCUCAAAACUCAAAAUGUUUUCCUGACCAGGACAAAUAUAAUCAAAGUGGGAGAUCUGGGAAUAGCCAGAGUGUUAGAAAAUCAGUAUGAUAUGGCCAGUACUCUCAUUGGCACACCUUAUUAUAUGAGUCCUGAACUGUUCUCCAACAAACCUUACAACUACAAGUCUGAUGUUUGGGCUCUGGGCUGUUGUGUUUAUGAAAUGGCCACACUGAAACAUGCCUUCAACGCUAAAGACAUGAACUCUUUAGUUUAUCGAAUUAUUGAAGGAAAGCUGCCACCAAUGCCAAAGGAUUACAGUCCACAACUGGCAGAACUAAUAAGAACUAUGCUUAGCAAAAAGCCUGAAGAAAGACCCAAUGUGAAAAGCAUACUAAGGCAACCGUAUAUCAAGCGCCAAAUCUCUCUGUUUUUGGAAGCCACAAAAGCAAAAACAGCCAAAAAUCAUAAGAAAAUAUCUGAUUCUACACCCAGAAGUGCUGCUUCUGUCAUCUCAGUGAAGACUGGAUCUAAUAAUGGAAACAUCACACCCAAAAAACAUCCCUCUGAGCAAGCCAGGAGAUAUAGAGCCAAUGAAGAAAAACAUUUAAUCAAAGAUCAAACUUUUGAAAUUUAUCCCUCAGAGAAACCAGCAGCUGUGCCUGAAAAAAAUGCAAACAAGAAUGAGAAGAACAGCACAGGAGUUUCCAUAGCAACAGUUAGCAAAGUGGAUAUUGAUAUUUUACUGUCUGAAAGGAGGAACUCUAAAAGUGAUCACUUACUACAGGAUAACAAAGCAAGGUGCUUAAGCAUUCCUAGUGAAGUAGAAUCUAAAAUAACAUCUAAUGGCCCACAGACUAAGGAAGACCGACUACAGCAAAACUCAAAGCCAGGUUCUAGAACUGAAAUUGUGGAUUCUAAGCACUUUGCUGUUGAUGUCGCAGAUGAAGGAGAUGACACUUUGAAACUCCUGCAGCCUGUCUCAAAGGACCGAAAGCAAAAUGAUGACCAGAGCUUGGACUCCACCGAGAAGCCUCUAGCAUCGUUUGUUCCUGUCAUAAUUCAAGAUGAAGCCUCUCAUGGAAAUCCAGAAGAUGUUCAGGAAAAAUUCACUUUUCACUUUCAGCCUCAUAGCUCUUUCUAUGAACCUUCUCUCUCACGGCAGCGAUGGCAGAAGAAAAGGGAGCUAGAUGAAGUCUGUUCAGAGAAGCUCAGAGCAGUUGCUCCGCGGCCCUUACCUUCGCUUCCUGAUGUGAAUGUGAAGACAACUUAUAGCCCUGCAGAUCAGCGUGGCACUGAAAUCACAGAGGCUGUAAACAGCUCUAAAAAUAGUGAGAGCGCAAUUUCAAAGGAUCGACCGUUGUCUGCAAGAGAGAGGAGGAGGCUAAAACAAUCACAAGAAAAGAUGUUUCCUUCUGUGCCUGCGGCAAGACGAGCAUCACAUAGUGCGGUAGUUGAAGCAAAAUCACUUGCGGAAAAUCUUAUUAAAGUUACUCAGACCUCGUCAGAUCCCAGUAUUUCUCAGAAAAAAAAAUUAAUCCAUUGUCUGUCUGAUGACGAGCUAAGCUCUUCCACAAGCUCCACAGAUAAGUCAGAUGGAGAUUCCAAGGACGGAAAAAGCAAUACAAAUGAAAUGAAUGAUUUAGUACAGCUAAUGACUCAGACACUGAAAAUGGAUUCUAAAGAGAACUGUGAACACCCUUCAACCCUAACCCCUGCAUCAGAGUUCAAGCUUCAUAGGAAAUACAGAGACACUCUGAUCCUACAUGGAAAAGUAUCUAAUGAACCAGAGAAAUUCAAAUUUGAAGAAUUUCCUUCAGAUGUUUUAUCUGGUCCUGAAAAGAUUAGAAGAAUGGUUGAAAUUUUGAGGUCUGAUGUGGUGCAAGGGCUGGGAGUGAAACUUCUAGAGAAAGUAUAUGACAUCAUGGAGGAAGAUGAUGAACUGAAGAGAGAGUUGCACUUACGGGAGCACAUGAGAGAGAAGUACACAAAUUACAGUGUGAAGGCUCGCCAUCUGAAGUUUCUUGAAGAAAAUGUUAAGUUUUGACCAGGUGACUUAACUGGACCUUUCUUCCCUUAGAGCUGUUAGAGAAAAGCAGCAAGGACCUAUUUUUAGAGGUUGUCUGGUAGACUGAAUUAUCUCCAUAUUCUGUAUAGACUAAUUUUGUGGUACUUAUAUUUACCCAUGGAUUUUUCAUAUCUGGGUAAAGAGGUAAACUGGUCUUGACAGAGUGGAAUGCUUAUUUGCCUGUGCACAGCAGCACAUCUUUGUUACAGCAUUAGUACUAGUAAUGUUUUUAUAUUAAAAUGUGAAAGACUUACUUUUUCUACAGAAGAAAAAUUUUAUGUUAAUUUGGAUUUUUACUUUACACUACUUGCCUUUUGGUCUCACUGAAUGAGUGUUUUAUGAGUAUGAAAUUGUUUCUAGAAAGUACGUACUAAAUUCUGUAUGUAAACUAAUAUAAGAUCUAGUUAUAAUUUCUGUUUUAGUCAUACUGUGUCUUUUACUAUACCACUAAGUGACUGGGAACAUUUGCUAAACCUAUAAUGUGAGAUUAUUAGAAUUAUAAUGUACUGAAGUUAAGACCUAAAGCUCAGUUUGGCAUGGAGAGCUGAUUGUGAUUUCUGUAGCUGCAAAAACUCACUGCAGUUUCUAGAAAUGGUUUAAAAUUUAAACUGUUUAAGAUGCAGUAAAAAAAAAAAUGGACUCCUUACUCUGAGCCUUUGGGCAUCUUUAGAGCUCAUGUUCAAGGUUUAGAUUAGAAUUUUGUUUUCUCCAACCAAAACAAAUGCAAAUACUCAUUCCUAAAAGGAAUGGAAUAAUGACUAAAGAAAGACUAGGUACAUUCAGAUAAAUUGGUCUAUUUAAUGUACCAUUUCAUCUGUCAACUUGUCUUAUAGUAAGUUUUUUGUAUACUUUUGUUAUGUUCUAAUGUUUGAUGACAGAAUGUGUUUUGCACCAUCAGUGUUUUGAAGGUUUGUAAAUCUUUGAUUUUUAAAGGGAUAAUUAAGUCAAGGAUAUCUGAAUUUUGUAAAAUAAAACCACCUUCAGUAAGUCUACAAAAUGUCCCGUUUCCUUAAUACGCUUAGUAGAUAUUCUAUCCUACAGAAUAGCUCAUGUAGAGAAAUGCUGCAGAAUAAUAGUGCCCAUCAUCAGCACAAAGUGCAUUAGAGUAGGUGACUUCACAAAAUGGGAGGAGGCUCAACUCAGUUCUCCACAUCCAUUGCAGCUUCUGCAUCUCCCUCAGUCCCACUGUUCUGGGCAUGUCUAGUUUAUAGUUCACCUUCAAGCUACGAGGAGCAAAAUCACUUUUAAUAAGCAAAGAUUGGAGUGUUGGUACAAAAGAUGAUUUGAACAUCAAGAGUGCACACUAAAGAUCACAAGAGAAGAGGCAGCACCCUGGCCAAAUGCCAAUUUGGAUGUUAAGGGGCUUAUUCCUUCACCUUCUCACUUCCCUGGUCCUUUUCGCA